AUGCCAGGCAAAUACGAUCCAAACACUCUCUGGGUCGCCCUCAACGAGCUCGGCGAAGGAGACAUCUUCCAAGUAUACCCCCGUCUCCUGGCGGAAUUGCUGCUUGAGGAGGAGGCAGCGAGGCAGGAUGGAGACACCAGUGAAGCGGAGAGGCUCGUGCUGCCGAGCGACAAGGAGUGGCGGCUGCAGCAGUACUUCCUGCUGGUGGCAAUGCAGAAGGGUCUAGAGUUGGAGACCGUAUUGUGA